AGUCCUCAGCUGCUGACUACGACCUUCACCUUCCAACAUGUCGAAGCACCAUCCCGAUCUUAUCAUGUGUCGGCGGCAACCGGGUAUCGCCAUUGGACGACUCUGCGAGAAAUGCGACGGAAAAUGUCCCGUCUGUGACUCCUACGUGCGCCCUGAAACUCUCGUGCGUAUCUGUGAUGAGUGUAAUUUCGGUACUUACGGCGGACGAUGCAUUAUUUGCGGCUCUCCUGGUAUCUCUGACGCUUACUACUGCGCCGAGUGCACAAGAUUAGAGAAGGACCGUGAUGGAUGCCCGAAGAUUGUCAACUUGGGUGCAAGUCGGACAGAUCUAUUCUACGAGAGGCGCAGACUUGGAUUCAAAAAGGGCUAGUCUUGCUACCCUCUGUGCUAGCACUGUAUCUUAUAUCAUACCACUCUGUUGCAAUUUCAUCCCGUAAAUCGAUUCAGAGGUCUUGACCCAUACAAGUGAA